AUGAGCACAACCAAGGUUCUGUUGGCCUCUUUAUUGGGUGCCCUGGCUGUACAGGCUCAGGAGUGUGAACAAACCAAGGUUGCUGUCUUGGGCGCAGGUGUGGCUGGUAUUCGGGCGGCCCAAGAACUGUCGAACAAUGGAGUCGAUGACUUCGUUCUCAUCGAAUAUCAGGAUCGAAUUGGCGGUCGUAUGCAUGAUGUCAAGUUCGGCCAAGGGCCCGAUGGGGUUCCAUAUAAGGUUGAAGCAGGAGCAAACUGGGUGCAAGGGACCGUGACUGGCGAUGGCCCAGAAAAUCCCAUUUCUGUUCUUGCCAAGAAAUAUAACAUCACCACAUUGGUCACCGACCAGGACAGCCUGGCCAUGUUUGACCAACAUGGUUCGACUGACUUCAAAUAUGCGAUUGACGAAUUCGGCGAGGCCCUGGAAAAGGUUGUUGUCGACGCGGGCUCUUUGCUCUACAACGACCUGCAAGACCGCACUUUCCGAGCUGGAUUCCGGCUGGAGGGAUGGGAUCCGCUCAAGAACGACUCGUACCGGCAGACUGCGGAGUGGUGGUUGUUUGAUGGCGAGUUCAUCUACCACCCCGAAGAGAGCUCCGAGAUCUUCACCUCUGUCGCCGAAAACGCCACCUUCAACUACUACUCCCCGGACAACCUGUUCGUUUACGACCAGCGUGGCUUCGCUACAAUUAUUCGCGAGGAGGCCAAGACAUUCCUUCCUGAUAGUGAUCCUCGGCUGCGUCUUAGCACCGAAGUGACGCGCAUCGAGUACGAUGAUGACUCAGUCACAGUGCACACAAACCAAGGCACCUGCGUCCACGCUGACUAUGCCAUCAUGACAUUCUCUCUCGGCGUCCUCCAAAAGAAGGCCGUCGAGUUUGUGCCCCCACUCCCAGCCUGGAAGCAAGCCGCCAUCAGCAGCUUCGAGCUGGGGACUUACACCAAGAUCUUCAUGCAGUUCGAUACACCUUUCUGGGACAACAAGCAGUACCUCAUCUAUGCUGAUCCUGAGACAAGGGGCUACUACCCCGAGUUCCAGCCGCUUGAUAUCCCUGGUGCCCUCGAGGGAUCGGGACUUCUUAUUGCCACCGUCGUCAACGACCAGUCCUACCGGGUCGAGGCGCAAACCAACGAGCAGACCCAGGCAGAGGUCAUGGAAGUUCUGCGCACAAUGUACGGUCCACAGGUCCCUGAUCCCACCCAUCUGUGGUAUAAGCGCUGGUCCCAGACUCCUUGGGCAUACGGCUCAUACUCUAACUGGCCACCGGCAACAAGCCUGCAGUCGCAUCAGAACUUGCGUACCAACGUUGGCAAUCUGUUCUUCGCCGGCGAAGCUACGAGCCAGGAGUUCUUUGGGUACUUACAGGGCGCCUACCUUGAAGGACAGUAUACAGCUGAGUUUGUCGCCUCUUGCAUUGGGGGUUCGGGUAACUGUACCACGUCCGACGACGAGAAGAGGUACCCUGUCUUGACUGGUGUGACUCCAUACAACCUCUACAAUUGGGAGCACGGAUGGGUCGCGGACACUCUGGCAUAG